CAAGCCAUGAUUUAAGACCUUCCAAAAUGGCAUUGUUCCAAAUCCCUCCCAUGCAGGAAGUGCUAUUUUAAAGAAAAGAACUUCACUCUGGGAGAACCUUAGUUUGGGAACAUUUUCUUCCUCAAAGGAAUACAGCAAGUUGCAAUCCUAUUGAACUCAUCUUCAAAAUUGUGGCAUAGACAAGAGAUUAUCUGUGGCAUGGAAGCCUUAAGGAUUUGGUUGGUUCUGGCUGUACUUUGCAAUUUUUGUGAAAGAAUUAUGCCCUGUGGUCUGUCAACACAUAUUGAAAUAGCUCAUAGAGGGCUGGAAUUUUUCAGCCAGCAAGAUGGACAAGUUGACUAUCGUAAGUUAAUACUAGCUCACCAAGAUGCAUAUCAAGCAGGAACUGUAUAUCCUGAUGCUUUUUAUCCUGUCAUCUGCCAAAGCGGGUUGUUCCAUUCUGUUUCUGAAGAUACCCACUGGUCACCUUUUCUCAACACAAGUAUCCAUUACAUCAGAAAGAACUAUCCGCAGCCAUGGGAAGAGGCUACAGAGAAGCUGGUGGCUUUUCUCUUUGGGAUUGCCUCUCACAUGGUGGCAGAUGUAAGCUGGCACAGCUUGGGGAUUGAACAAGGAUUUCUACGGGCCAUGGCAGCUAUUGAUUUUCAUGGCUCAUAUUCACAAGCUCAUUCUACUGGUGAUUUUGGGGGAGAUGUGUUAAGCCAAUAUGAACUCGAUUUUGAUUAUUUGAAAGCAAGCUGGUAUGUACCGGUUAAAGAUUUACUGUCAAUCUAUGAGGAUUAUUAUGGAAAGGAGGUGAUAACUGAAAAUGCUAUUGUUGAGUGCACAUAUCUGCAACUUCUUGAUCUCUAUGCCGAGAUCAUCGCUGCUGCCAAGCUUUACCCCAUCUAUGCCAAUAAGUCUCCAUUUCUAGUGGACAAGUUCUAUGACUAUUUCCUUGGCGGAGUGGAUGAUAUGGCAUUCUCAUCGAAUAAUAUUUUUCAGUUAACCAGUUGGAUGUUAAAUUAUGGGACUAGUGGCUGCUUUAUUCCUGAGAAUCCUUUGUUCAUAAGGUGUGAAGAUGAACAGAGAAACUUUCCGAUGUUUAAAGAAUCCAGAACUCAACACCAAAAGAAAAUAGCUUCGGGAGUGGCCAAAUCAGUUGAAAAGAAUAUCAGUUAUACAGAAAGAGGAGUUUAUUUGAAAGUUCCCAAUUGGACAAUGGUAAUGUCUUUUGAGUCUAAACAUGAAUGACAAGAAUCAAAUACAUGAUUGCAAUUUAGAUAUUAAGUGCUGGAGAUUCUCAGGAUUGGGCAUCUUUUGUUUCUUUAAUUCUUUUAAAUAUUGUUCUUUCAGUAAUAUCCCAGCUCAGUGGUAUGUGCAAGGGAGGUCAAAAUAGACACAGUGUUGGUUGCAGCAGGAUGAUCAAACCCCUUCCACAUUUGCAUGUACGUGUGGCCUUGGCAUACAUACAGAAUGGCCUUGGCUUUAAUCUUCUUGUAAAUUUUAUUCUUAUGUAAAUAUAGAAUUUAUUCUGACUAAAACUGCAGCUUUGAGUAUAGUUGGGCAAGAUUUGCUGGAUGGAUUCAGAAGAGGGAGAGAAAUAGCAAUAGCAGUUAGACUUAUAUACC